AUGGCACAUUCACUCCCCAACUUAAUGAAAGCAUGGACGUUCAGUCACGCAGGCUCUGCUGAACGAGUUCUCCAACUAUCCCAACAGCAACCCAUUCCCACCCUAAGCACCAACACCGAUGUGCUCAUCCGCAUAACCCACGUGUCCCUACACCCCGGCACAACCAUAAUGAUGAACCUCGUCCCAUUCAUCUUCCGAAACAAGCCUUGUAUUGCAGAAACCGACUUCUCGGGGCUGAUCCUCUCAACCGGCAAAGAAGUCCCAGUUGCCCCCAGCCCAGACAAUGAACACCGGUACUUCCCGCCUGGAACGCCCGUCUUCGGGUCCAUUCCUGUCGGGCAACAUCUAAAAGGUGCCGGAGCCUUGGCGGAAUAUCUCGUCGUGGAUGUGAGUUGCAUAGCUCGCAAACCAGCCAAUAUUUCGUUCGCACAGGCGGCAGCAUUACCCGUUUCGGGCACAACUGCUCUAACACUCUUGGAUGCAGCGGAUAUCCGACCCGGUGAUCGGGUGCUCAUUAAUGCUCCUUGCGGGGGAAUCGGGCAUCUUGUCACGCAGCUUGUUUCUCAUGUUGUUGCUGAGGAAGGGCGUAUUGUAGGUAGGUGCUCUGCUGCUUCUUUUGAUGUGGCGAAAACGCUCGGUUGCAAUGAUGUUGUGUCGUACAACAAUUCGAGUGACUUGUCUAUCACUACUCCUACGGAGGUAUAUGGAGAAGAACCAUUCGACAAAAUCAUCGAUGCCCGUGGAUCUCAGGAUCUCUGCUAUUCCUCGCCCGCAAUCUUGAAAUGCGGUGUGGGUCACACGUAUACAUCAGUUGGACCGGUGCUCGAAUCCUAUACUUAUUUGGGCAUGCUUGCAUGCCUGCUAAAAAUGGGUAUGAAUAGAUUCCUGCCUGUCUGGGCAGGAGGGGUAGAUCGGGAGUAUAGACAGGUCACAGCUAUAGUUAGUACGGACAAACUUGAAAGGCUAAGAAAGCUAUGUGAGGCGGGCCAAUUAAGUGCCUUGAUCGGAGAUACGUGGCCGUUUGAAGAUGCUGUUCAGGCAUUCCACAUUAUGGCCGGUAGGCAUGCAAGGGGGAAAUUGGUGAUCUGUGUCUCAGAGCCGUCCGCUUAA